AUGUCGACUGCAAGACGGACGCCCCUGUCCAGCAAACCCAAUGUCGCCAACUCACCUCUGAGGGCCCCAGGUGCCGCCACCCUCGGCCAGACCAAGCCCAAGCGUUCCUAUGCCAACCUGCAGCGGGAGGAGGCCUAUGGCCAGCCUCCGCCGCUGAAGAAGCAGAUGCUUGAGAAUGGCCUCCAGCGCCAGCUUCGCUCACCGUCGAAGGGUCACAGGAGCGCUUUGCCCCAACGUUCUGUCCGCCUGUCCACCAAGGAGAGGACCGCUCAGCAACAGGAGCAGACCCAGCAGGAUAACAGUGUCGAAAAGAUCCGACAGUGGCAGAAGGAGUACCAGGCGAGGUUCCCCAAGAUGGUGUUCUACUUCGAGAGCAUCUCCGAGGAUCUCCGCUACAAGCUGUCCAAGCAGGCUGUCAGCCUGGGAGCUCGUGAGGAACGAUUCUUCUCUAACAACAUCACCCACGUCGUGACCACCCGCCCCAUUCCCACCGAGGACGAGGUUCAUGCCUCGCACCACGAGCAGCAUGCUCAUGAGGAGCAGCCACAGACGAUCAACCCUUCCCUGCUCAAUCGAUCUACCGACACCCGGCGGCGUCUAUUCGAUACCGGCACCAAGAGGACACACGCUCAACUGCAGGAUGACAGCCUCCGCCGGCCCAAGCCCAUGCGAAACAAUGACAUUCUGCACAAGGCCCGCGAUAUGGGCAAGAAGAUCUGGCCCUUGGAGAAAUUUCAGAGGAUGCUCGAGAUCCUUCUGCAGCCUGACCCUCAUGCUGCCGUGGCCAUCGCGCACGCCGGCAAAGACGAUGCUGGUCGGCACGGCUUAGGGAGCAAGAAGGCGGCCGAAGAGCCCAACCUGUCCCAGCUCCUGCAGCGGGAGCGACUCAACGGACCUUCUGACCGAGACCCAACCGUCGCCAGCCGUGAGCUAAUCCAGUUCAGAGGACCUUACAUUUAUGUUUAUGACAUGGACGAGAAGCAAAAACCCAUCAUGGUGCGCGAGUAUCCGAGGGCCAGCAAGUAUGAGGGAGAGUGGCCGCAGUUCCGAACCGUCACCGACGGACGAUGCCCCUUCGUGGAGGAAGUCGACCCCGUCGACCGUGCAGCAAGAAGGUCUCGGGCCGAAGAGAAGGAGAGGGCCGCCAGGCGCGCUAUCGAAGCUCGCCCCAGCCUACAGCCUCCUGAGGCGCAGGCACCGAAAGCCGUCAUUGGCAAGCGAACUCUGGCUGAGAUGCAGAAUGGUCAGGAGCAGGUUCGCGCCACCUCUGUGAACCCCGCCGACGUCUUCAAGGCGCCCAAGACGAUCGAGUCCAAGCCGUCCGACUUUGGUUUUGUCAGCCGAGCGCCUGCCGGCCGCUUCCUUGCCGGGGAGCCUGUCGCGUCAGGUGUCCAGCCGUCCAAUGUCACUUCUGCCAUUCGUUCUCAGAUGAUUUCAUCAGCCACCGGUACCGGCGCCGCAAAGGCGGGCACGAGCAAGGGAGAUUCAUGGACUUCAGCGCAAGCGAAGUGGCAAGCUGCACUCUGA